AUGUUUCGAAGCUCGAGAAGAUUCACAACAUAAAGAGACGUCUUCGCAAAACGUUGUUUGUACAACAAAACGCCGCACACAAACGUAUGUACGUAUUACGUACGCAUUCAAGACCAUACAAAAAGUUGGCGAGAACGCGAUCAAAACGGAAUUCAAACGAAAAUAUUUAAAAAUUUAUGGCAUAGUAUUAAACUGUGGCGCAAAUAACAACAAGAGUCAAACAAAUCACAAAAAAUACUUUUGCUAUCAAACCACCAACACUGUGCGUGUCCCAAGUUGAGUGUUAAUUAUCUCUUUCUCUCUCUAUCUUCCGCCAGAGAAGUGAGCUGCAGUGCUUUAGCCAUCAAUUGUGGGUUUGCCCAUAGCGCGAAGUGUUUAACGGAAAUUGAUGCAUUUUAACGAUUAAUUGCACUCGAAUAUUUCAAUUGCAACAAUAACAACAAAAACAUUGAACAACACAAACAACAACACGUUACAAAUCAACACAGCUUGAAAUCAUUAACAUCAUCUGUCAGUUCAUCUGUCAGAUAGAUAGUGGUCGACUAGCCAAGAGAUAAGAAGAGGUGAGAGAUACCCACCUCUGUGGAUUUCAUCGGUCGUAGGAAUUUGUUGUUUUUUUUGUUUUAGUUUUGUAUCGGUUUUCGGUGAUCAGCACGGCAAAGGCGGUGGUGAAAAAAAGAAAGUUUUUUGUUUCGUUCGAUUUUUUUAUAUUGUAUUUUAAACGGCAACAACAAAAACAUCUUUUGUGUUACACAACCCCCACUAUUAUUAAUUGUGUAUGAAUGUGAAUGUGUUUGUUUGUUUCAAAUCUCCCCUUCCUCACAUCCCACCCACCGACAGCAACAACAACAAGAGUCUCCUGUAACUAAAAACGAAACGAAGCAAAAGUAAAUCCCAUAAACGAAAUUAAGUGUGAAAACAACCUACGUUAAUAAAGUUAAAACAACAACAAUUAAAUAGUUCAUCAUCAUCAUCACCACCAUAAUGGCUUUACAAUUCAACGCAGCGAAAGUUUCACUGGCAAUGUGUCUAUUCCUAGCAUUGGCUAGCCAUCAUAGCCAGGCAUCAUCGAUACCCAUUUGGGAAUUUUUGACACGCAAUGAAAAGAUGUCUUAUUUGUAUUCUCACUUUGCCCAAUUGGUGAGUGUUCACUGUAAGACGACAGCAGCGACCUCAAAUGUCCCAGUUAACCAGUGCAAGCAUGAUUUGCUUAACUACGGCUACGAAAAGCUACAAACUUUCACAGAUGCCCAGUUGGAGACAUUGGAUCCAUAUCAAAGAGAUUCCAGUUCUUUGAUUUGGACUUCGAUUAUGCGCGAUCAUCACAGUUCCCAGUUGAUAACAACACGAAAACCCUUGCCCACACCUCCGGCCACAAGCAUCAUUAUUUUGACACAUCAACAGACGAGUACCCAGAGACCCAGCAUUGCGGACAGCACUACAGCGGAGACACAAUAUCCCCAUAAUCCCAUGUUCGAUAGCAGCGAGCACAAGCACCAAUAUGCCAUGGACAUGGACAUUGCCUAUGGUUAUCCUAGCAUGGCUCACAAUCCCCAAAUCGAUGUCUUCGAUGUAGGCAAUUCUCAGAAUACCUUCCUCACCGGUCCCUCUGUGGUGCGUGUCAAACCUGAUGGUUCACCCGUGGAAGAGGACCGAAACAAGCCAUUGGCCAAAGACGAUGAUUUGGAGCAGUAUGCUGCCGUGGCAGCAGCCGGGACAUUUGGCCAACAAGAUGCACCCAAGGUUAAUACGCAUGCAAACGCCAAGCAUCGCAAAAUUGCCACCAUCAAUGCCCUGAAGCAACAGUAUCUGACCAAUUUGGCGAUGCAGCAGCAGGAAUUAUUGCCACCCUAUGAGGAUGGUCGCGGUGGCAAUGGACGAGCCCAGCGUCAGGCCAUGGGCUAUAUCUAUGAGCGUCCUCGCGUUUAAAGGGGAAAUCCAGGAAAUUAAUACAAAACACUAGAUUUGACCAAAACAAAAAAUGGUUGCUUGGAAACCCUGGAGAUUUCUUUGUGUAAUUUUUUUUUUGGUAGAAAUGUCAGAAGUUUUUUCUGUCAUUUCUUUAGCUUUACUUUGUAACUUUAGGUGCAUUUUGGAGUGAAUGGCAAGCACAACUGUGUAUGUGUGUUAGAGUGAAUGUUUUUUUUAUCUGUAUAUGUUUUGUAUGAAUGUGUGUGAUGUAACAUCCAUUACCCCCUUUUUCCUUAAUUUUAAGUACAUUUUUAUUACAAAAACCAACAAAAAAAAACUCAUGGAACGAUUUACCCACAUACUCGUCGUACAUAAAUACUAAUUUUCUUAUUUUUUACUUUGAUUAUUAUUUCGUUUUGUGUUUUCACUUACCUCGAUAACUUCAUACUCGUUUUUCUAUACUCCUGUGUCCAUUUUUUUAUAUACCAACACCUUCCUUUUUUUUAUCAGAAGAAAGAAAAACAAACAUAAUUUUUAAAUUAUUUAUUGAGUGCUUU